AAGUUGGGAGAAGAGUCACUUUAAACAAUUGCAGAGCAUAAAAUGUCCAUCAGGCCAGUCAAGAAUGGGGGUGUAGCGGAGAAUACUUCCUUAAGGAUCUUUGAUCCAAAUCAUGAAGAAGUCCGGACUGGUCGUUCAAUCAGAAACAACUCUCCAAAUCAUGAACAGAUCCCUAUAGGUCGUUCCAUCAGAAGGAUCUCUCCAACUUGUAAAGAAGCCUCACCAGCUACUUCUAUCAGAAGGAUUUCUCCAACUCCUGGAGAGGCUCCAACGGUUGGUUCUAUCAGAAGAAUCUCUCCAACUUGUAAAGAAGCUCCGACAGCUACUUCCAUCAGAAGGAUUUCUCCAACUCCUGGAGAGGCUCCGACCGUUGGUUCUAUCAGAAGGAUCUCUCCAACUUGUAAAGAAGGCCCGACAGCUACUUCCAUCAGAAGGGUUUCUCCAACUCCGGGAGAGGUUUCGACGGUUGGUUCCAUCAGAAGGAUCUCUCCAAAUCAUGAAAACGUACCGAAGACAGAGCAUUCUUCCUUAAGAAGGAUUAGUGCAAAUGGUAAGGGAGUCCAGAUGAUAGAUCGUCAAUCCUCACAGACGAUCACAAAUCAUGAGGAGGUCCACCUUCGUUCCUCAGGUCAUAAGGAAGUUUCGAAAGCGGAGCGUCGUUCCUCGGGAACUAUCACAACAGAUGGUCAGCAGGUUCACAUUCGCUCCUCGGUAAUUUAUGAAGUGGUUCGGACAGUGGAGCAUCAUUCCUAUGAAGCGAUCACUGCAAAUCAUGAACAGCAUGGAGUGAUAAAACGCGGUUCCUCCUAAGCAAUCAUUGCAUGGCAUUUCCAAAGGACAAAUAUUACCUUGGGGUGAUAAAAAUGUAGCAUACGUACAAGACUUUUCCUUUUUCAUGUUUGGGUGAAAUUUAUUUGCGUCAGUUAUAUAUGUUUGGUUUUUUUUUUGCUUCAGUCAUGUUUAUCUUUUACUAUUGUAUAAUAAUAUUCCUAUGAUUUUGCUUUUGUAGCUCAGUCUUUUUUUUCUCUAA